AAUACAGGUAUCCCAAUUCCAACACAAAGAAAGCAGUUAAAGAGAGAAAAAGCAAAUCAAGAUUAAUCUGAAAAUGCUUAGUUUUAUGACGCAAAUGGCGAUUCCUUGCAUCCCAACUAAUCAUCUCCACAACUCACGUAGCAGCAAGUCUUCAAAACUCUGUAGUAGCAGAAUCAGUAUAGGUCGUUGCUCCUCGCAACUAAGCGAUGAUCAUCUCCCAAUCCAACGACGAUCUGGAAACUACAGUCCUUCCGGUUGGGAUGUCGAUCAUAUCCAAUCACUCCAAAGUCAUUAUACGGAUGAAAAGUACGUGAAAAGAACUAGUGAGCUCAUUAUGCAAGUGAAGAAGAUGUUGGAGAAAGAAACAGAUUCCAUUCAACAGCUUGAGUUGAUUGAUGACUUGCAGAGGCUGGGUCUGUCUCACCAAUUUCACAAAGAAUUCAAACAGAUCUUAAACUCUGUAUAUUUGGAUAAUAAGUAUUACAAGAAUGGCGAGAUCAUCAUGCAAGAAGCAGGCGAAAGAGAUUUGAACUCCACAGCUCUUGCCUUCAGACUCCUUAGACAACAUGGCUUUCAAGUUGCUCAAGAGGUGUUUGAAUGUUUCAAGAGUGAGGAGGGUGAGUUCAAAGCAAGCCUCAGGGACGACACCAGAGGAUUGUUACAACUCUAUGAAGCUUCUUUCUUGUCGAUGGAAGGUGAAAACACACUCGACAUAGCCAGAGAAUUCACCAUUGAGAUUCUGCAGGAAAAACUAGUGAAUAAUGAAAUUGAUGACAGUAACCUUAUAACAUGGAUACGCCAUUCUUUGGAGAUCCCAAUUUAUUGGAGCAUUGUAAGGGUAAAUACAAGUGUGUGGAUUGAUGCAUAUAAGAGAAGAGCCGACAUGAACCCAAUAGUGUUGGAGCUUGCCACACUGGACUCCAAUAUUGCCCAAGCACUAUAUCAAGAAGAACUCAAACAGGAUUUACAGUGGUGGAAAAAUAUGAGCCUUGCGCAGAAGCUCCCCUUCGCGAGAGACAGGCUUGUGGAAAGCUACUUCUGGGGUGUCGGGGUGGUGCAGCUUCUUCAACAUGGAACUGCAAGGAUGGCUGUGGACAGAUCCAUCGCUCUUAUAACAGUUAUAGACGACGUUUAUGAUGUGUAUGGCACCUUAGAAGAACUCGAACAAUUCACAGACAUCAUUCGAAGAUGGGAUAUGAAUUCAAUGGAUCAACUUCCUAGUUACAUGCAGCUGUGUUUUCUUGCAUUGAACAACUUCGUCAACGACACAGCCUAUGGUGUUCUAAAAGAGCAAGGUUUCAAUAUCAUCCCCUAUCUGCAAAAAUCAUGGAGAGAUUUGUUGGAGGCAUAUCUGGUGGAGGCGAAGUGGUACCACAGCGGAUACAAACCAAAGCUGAAAGAGUAUUUAGACAACGCAUGGAUGUCAAUUGCAAGCACUGUUGUACUAAGCCAUGCAUAUUUCGGCGUAACAACUUCUCUUACAAAGGAGACCGUCGACAGUUUUUACGGAUACCACGAUUUACUUCGUUGGUCAUCAAUGAUUGUGCGGCUUGCUGAUGAUUUAGGAACCUCUGUGGAUGAGGUGAGCAGAGGCGACGUGCCGAAAUCAAUCCAGUGCUACAUGAACGACAAUAAUGCAUCAGAAGCAGAGGCGCGUGAGCACGUGAAAUGGUUGAUAGGGGAGACGUGGAAGAAGAUGAACAAGGAGAGGGUGGCAACGGAUUCUCCAUUUUGUCAAGAUUUUAUAGAAUGUGCAGUGGAUCUGGGAAGAAUGGGGCAGUAUAUGUACCACUACGGAGAUGGACAUGGAAUCCGAAACUCCAUCAUACGCCAGCAGAUGGCAACCUUCUUGUUCCACCCUUAUGCCUAGCUCUACCACUAUAUAUUUUAUUGUAAUUAUACACCUCACAAACAUGUUCUUUGUGAUUUUAUCUUUUCCCACCUUACUGUCACUCUCUAUAGUCAUAA